AUGGCUGAAAACAUAGUCUACGAGGAUAAUCGUUUCUCAGAGGAUCAUACUGAUGUCAGUAAUAAAAAAAGGUUAAGUUUAUUUGUUGAAAGGCAGAGAUCACAAACUGAAGAAUCCGUAACGAUAUCAAUAUCAAGGUUUUCGCAAGGUGUGCUAAAUAUAUUUGAAUAUCUUCAGGAAACAUUAUCAACAGCUUUACCUUUACAAGAAGAAAACGAGUUCGAAGAACGAUUUAAGUAUUUAUUAUGCACAUCGCACCUCCUAAAUGAUACACUGUCAGUUUACUUCUAUGAUAGCAGAAAACCGGAUCCAAUAGAGAUCCGUGAUGCUGGGUUAUACUUGGGAGGAAUUUCACGUCGAAACUUUGAAAUCUUGUUAAGCUCUGUAAUCGGCAUGAUUGUUGUUGUUUUAACUUGGUUACUGCACGGUACUGAAUCUAAAGAUAUCGGUACAAAAAUAAUGCAAUUACCCAUUGCAUUCAUGUUAGCAUUAUGUGGAUCUCAUACUGAACAAAGUUCAGAAGAUCGACGUUGUGGUGUGCUUCGAGAAACUGUUCAUAAUAUACUUAAAGAAGCUUUUGAGAGUUAUUGUGACGCAAUAGUUGCAAUGAAUCCGGAAACUUUGAAAGAGGAUUUAGUCAUAAUGUACAAUAUGUACAACAUAAUUCCUCGUCCAGAAGGUGAUGAAUGGUUUUUGGAAGAAUACGAUACGCUUUCUCUGGAACACUUGAAACAAUGUUUUCAGAAAGUGCAUACAAAACGUCGUGAACUUUUAUGUCAUUUUCUUGCGUUGGAUGUAAUGACACCUGGAAGAGAUUCUGGCAGAAGAGAUUAUGAACAUCAUUGGGCAAUAGUCAAUGAACAUUUGAAUAAUUUAGGUGUUAUCACCGGAAUUUACUUAGACCGAAUUAUUGCGGCAUCAGCUAUUGAUUUAUAUACCAUCCCAACUCCUAAACAAGACUUUCUAUCACAGCCAACCCCACAAAUAAUCACUAACAAAAAGCUCAGAAUCUAUCUUCAUCGUUUAGCUUCCGUUGAACAACGUGUUCGUAGCAUUCAAGCCAAAUUAUACAUUUGCAAUGAAGACGCUCAUAAAUAUUAUGAAACGGAAGGCAUGGAUAUUUCUGACAGUGAAAGAGCACAAUUAAUAAAACAAUAUGAAUCAAUAAGCAAUGACUUUGUUUAUGUUUUUCAAGAAUGGGAAGACGGAAAAAGGGCUUUAAAAGACGUAACUGAGCCAAUACCGGUAGAUCCGGAUUUAAGCUCUAGUCGUCAAUCUCUUGAAGAAGAUACAGAAACUUUACAAGAUGAAAAUGACCAGGACGAAAACCGUUCGGAAAAGACGCUUACCAUUGAUUGGUCGCAAAUAGAUGAACCUUUAGAUAUAUUAGAACAAGUAUUUGAAGCCGAAGCUAAGGUUGAAUAUAUAACUAAGACUAAGUCAGAAGAAUUAGAUACUUUAAUACAGCAAAAGUUUUCUCCAGAAAAUAAGGUUCUGCAGCCCUCCCCCGAAGAAUUUGAGCGAAUACAAAUGCACGGAUCUAGAGUGGCUGUUGCAACAAAUUAA